AUGUUCUUUGGCAAUGCAGAAGACAGCAACAUGCUCAAGUUGCAAAAGGCAGAAGCGAAACUGAUUGAACACGCCAAAAAUUUUGGCGACCGAGAUCCGAGCUCCUUCCGCAUCACAACCCAAGAUACCAGCAUCCCAUCCGUGGUUCUUCCUUUGAAAGAAAAAGCCUCGAAAUCUCUGAAACAGGAUCUCUUUAUGCACAGUGUACGUGUUACCGGAACCGAGCCGGAUCCAAGCAAGCAUGAUACCCCACUGGUGAUUCUACAUGGCUACAUGAACGGUGCCCUAUAUUUCUACCGCAACCUUGUGGGUCUGAGCAAUCACUUUGAUACCGUUUACUCGGUGGAUACCUUGGGCUGUGGGUUGUCAUCACGCGGCCCAUCAGGACUAUUAUCAUCCUUAGCAUCCAAAGAUGAUGCUAGUUCCCUGGAAGAUACCACGGAAGAAUUCUUUGUGGAAGCCUUGGAAGCUUGGCGAAAGGCCAAUGGAAUAUCGAAAAUGGUAUUGGCUGGACAUUCCAUGGGAGGUUACAUUAGCGUUGCCUAUUGUGAAAAGUACCCUAAGCGUGUGGAACAACUAAUUCUCCUGAGUCCUGCUGGAGUCACCAAGGACGAUGAAGAAGAAAUUGGUGACAUGUUUGGUCAAAUGUCUUGGACCCAACGUGCAGCAUUUAGUGGGGUGAGAUAUCUCUACAAUUCUGGAGUGACACCCGCCAGCUUUUCGCGCAAACUCCCCACUUCCAAAAGUAGAUCCAUGGUGGCUUCGUAUGUCGAAAAACGACUCGCAGUGGUCAAGGACCCCGAGGAACAACAAGCCGUGGCGGAAUACUUGCAUUUGAUGGCCAUGAUUCCUGGAUUUGGAGAAGACAUGUUGAACCGAUUCUUGACCUCUACUGCUAAUGGUGUCAAGCCCACUGUCGACAGAAUUCCUUUGUUGCAAGUGAACAAAGUGAGUUUUCUGUAUGGCGAUCGCGACUGGAUGGACAUUCAAGGUGGAAUCGAUGCCUACGAACAAGCUCGGCGGAGUAGUAGUAGCGGUCCACAGAUCCUAGUUUAUCAACUCCAAGAAGCAGGUCAUUUGCUCAUGUUGGAUAAUUGGAAGGGCUUCCACGCGGGUGUUGUGGCCAUGGUGAGUGGAAGGCAAGCCGUAUCAUCUUCCAAGUAUCCAAUGCCAGAGUUGGUUCGAGGCGGACCACGACGGAGGAAGAAUAACAACUUUGCCCCCAGGGUUGGUCGAAAGCUUCAGCAAUCACGAUAA